AUGUCUCAGCCAUGUGCUAUCGAUGGAUGCAAACGUACAUCGCGUGCAUUAUGUCAUUGUUGUCAACAGGAUCUUUGUAUAUUUCAUUUAAAUGAACAUAAUGAUUUAUUGAAUUCUCAAUUAAAUCCUCUUGUCGAUGAGAUUAAUACACUCGGAGAUCGGUUGAAGACACUUAAUAUUCAAGAAAAAACGAGAA